AGGCCUUUGUUGGAUUUUGUUCAAUUGCCGUUGUUGGCAGCAUCGUGGCGGUCGAUUCUCGCAUUUCUCUCUCCGUUAGUUGUUCCUUGGUAACACCUUUAGCACUAAGAUGCCACAGCCGAAGCCGUACGAAAGGCCCGCGGACUUCAUCGAUCCCGGAAAGCCGUCCAAGUGCAAAUGGCAUCUGGGAACCACCGAGAAGUCACCCCACACGCAGCGGGGCAUCGCACACCGCCAGCAGAUCACGCCGAACAUCCUCGAGGUGAUCGGAUGCACUCCGCUGGUCAAAUUGAAUCACAUUCCCGCCAGCGAGGGUAUCGAAUGCGAUAUGUAUGCCAAGUGCGAGUUCCUUAAUCCCGGCGGAUCGGUGAAGGACCGCAUCGGCUAUCGCAUGGUGCAGGAUGCUGAGGAGCAGGGUCUCCUCAAGCCAGGAUUCACGAUCAUCGAGCCGACGUCGGGCAACACGGGAAUCGGACUGGCGAUGGCCUGUGCCGUCAAGGGCUACAAGUGCAUCAUCGUGAUGCCGGAGAAGAUGUCCAACGAGAAGGUAUCGGCGCUGCGCACGCUGGGGGCCAAGAUCAUCCGUACGCCCACGGAGGCGGCCUACGAUUCGCCGGAGGGAUUGAUCUACGUGGCGCAGCAAUUGCAGCGCGAGACGCCCAACUCGAUUGUCCUCGACCAGUAUCGAAAUGCCGGCAAUCCGUUGGCCCACUACGAUGGCACAGCCGCCGAAAUCCUUUGGCAGUUGGACAACCAGGUCGAUAUGGUUGUGGUGUCGGCAGGAACGGCAGGCACCAUAAGUGGUAUUGGCCGAAAGAUCAAGGAACAGGCACCGCAGUGCAAAAUUGUGGGCGUCGAUCCCUAUGGCUCGAUCCUGGCCCGUCCCGCCGAGCUGAACAAGACCGAUGUGCAAUUCUACGAGGUGGAGGGCAUCGGCUACGAUUUCCCGCCCACCGUUUUCGAUGCCGCCGUGGUGGAUGUGUGGACGAAGAUCGGCGAUUCCGACUGUUUCCCCAUGAGCAGACGCCUCAAUGCGGAGGAGGGUCUGCUGUGCGGCGGUUCCAGCGGCGGAGCGAUGCACGCUGCCCUCCAGCAUGCCCGCCAGCUGAAGAAGGGUCAGCGCUGCGUGGUCAUCCUGCCCGAUGGCAUACGCAACUACAUGACCAAGUUCGUCUCGGACAACUGGAUGGAGGCGCGUGGCUUCAAGGAGCCGGUCAACGAGCACGCCCACUGGUGGUGGAGUCUGACCAUCGACCAGCUGCAGCUGCCAGCUCCUCCGGCGAUCCUCAAGUCGGAUGCAACGGUGGGCGAGGCCAUUGGCCUGAUGAAAAAGCAUCGUGUCGAUCAGCUGGCCGUUGUGGACCAGGAUGAUGGUUGCAUUCUGGGCGUGGUCGGCCAGGAUACGCUGAUCACCCAGAUCGUGAGCAUGAACCGCCAGCAGUCCGAACCCGCCAUCAAGGCCAUUAACAAGCGGGUGAUCCGUUUGAACGAAUCCGAGAUCCUUGGCAAACUGGCCCGCAUCCUCGAGGUGGAUCCCAGCGUGCUCAUUCUGGCCAAAAACACUGCCGGCAAGGAGGAGCUCAAGGCAUUGGCCAGCAAGCUGGACGUUACCACCUUCAUCGCCGCCGGCAAGCAGAGUCCCAAGGCCAAUGGUGCCACCAACGGCAGCAGCCACUAGAGCGGCCAGUGUCAAACUCCCCAUCUGUGUCAUAGAAGUCCAAACACCUACCGAUUAUAUAUACCCGCAUGCAUUUUGCCUUAUUCACAAUAAAGCACUUAAUAUAA